AUGGGAAAACAUGCCGCAAACUUAGCUGGUCUCCCUACUGCAAACGAGGCCAUCCUCGUUACUUGGGAUUCUAUAGAUGACACAGAAAAUCCUCGAAACUGGGACAGUGCGCGGAAAUGGAGAGUGACAAUAUCAAUCUCGGCCUUCGUGCUGAUGAACACACUCUCUUCGACUAUCAUUGCUCCAGCGCUCAGCCAAAUUGCCGAAACACUCCACGUCAAUAAUGAUGUGGAAAAAACUCUAAUACUGUCUAUAUUUGUGCUUGGUUUUGCGAUUGGCCCCUUCAUUGCCUGCCCGUUGUCUGAAAUUCACGGGCGCAAGGUAACUAUUCAUUCAUGGAACUUCUUAUACCUCAUAUUCAAUACAGUAUGCGGUGUGGUUAAUUCCACAGCAGCUAUGCUGGUAUUGCGGUUUUUAGCAGGGUUCUUUUGCAGUGCGUCCCAGGGCAUCGGGACCGGCGUUGUUUCUGAUCUCUUCUCUAAGGAACAGAGAGGAAGAGCAGUAGCCAUUUACAGCAUUUUUCCGCUUAUGGGCCCCAUUGUUGGACCUGUUCUAGGAGGUGUAAUAGCUCAGCACACCACCUGGCGUUGGGCCUUUUAUGCGGCCUCUCUACUUGAUGUACUUAUUUUGGUUCCCAGUGUCUUCACUUUACGGGAAACCUAUGAACCUGUUCUGUUACGGCGAAAGAAAGAGCGUCUGACCAAAGAGACUGGUAGGACAUACCAAACUCAGCAUGACGAUUUGGACCAACCUCGUUCGCUGGUGUACUCAAAUGCCCUUGUUCGUCCGUUGAAAAUGCUCGCGACGCAGCCGAUCAUUCAGAUGUUGGCCCUUUACAAUGCAAUCUUGUACGGAGUGAUAUAUAUACUGUACACUAACUUCCCUACGUUGUGGACCGAUAUCUACCACGAAAGCCAAAGCAUUGCGGCCCUCAAUUACCUAUCUCUUUUUGUCGGCUCAGUCAUUGCAGCAGAAGUCUCUACACGUGUGAUCGAUCACAUACAGAGGCAUCUCUACGCAACGCACGGUGGCGUCCAUCUGCCAGAGUUUCGCCUGCCAGUGAUGCCGGCCGCGACCCUGACCCAGGCAGCGGGCAUAUUUCUAUACGGAUGGAGUGCUGAUUUUCGGACUCACUGGAUCCUUCCCAAUGUUGGUGCCGCCGUUUUCAUGGGUGCUGCUAUGACAUGUGCCAUUGCAGUGAAUAUGUAUAUGAUUGACACCUAUGGAAAGUAUGCUGCGAGUGCAUUAGCUGCUAUCUCUAUGCUUCGCCAGAUAUUUGGAUGCUUUUUCCCCAUAUUUUCCCCUUAUCUAUAUGAUCGUCUUGGUUACGGGUGGGGCAACAGCGUUCUGGGAUUUAUUUCACUAAGUAUUGGGCUGCCUUCUGUGCUUGUGCUCUGGAAAUGGGGAGGCGAAUUGAGAAAACACAGUCCCUACGCAAACGAUGGGACAACGUAA